AUGGCCACGCAAAGACUCGGCUCGAUCCUCUCGCACCUGACCGCUCACAAGAGUGGCGUCGCGGCCAUCACGCAGAAGAACCCCGACGACAUUGUCAUCACGCUCGCCAUUCGAACUCCUCUCGCCAAGGGCAAGAAGGGCGGUUUCAAAGACACGGACCUCGACUAUAUCGUCUACGCCCUGUUGAAGCAGGUGCUGGAGAAGAGCAAGAUUGACCCCGCGCUGGUCGAGGAUAUCUGCCUGGGAAAUGUCGGUGACCCAAGAGCUGCAUACAAGGUGCGAGCGGCCAUGCUCGCAGCGGGCUUCCCCGACACUUCGGCAGCCAGCUCGGUGAACCGAUUCUGCUCGAGUGGCUUGAAAGCCGUGCAAGACAUUGCCAGCCAGAUCAUCACCGGCAGCAUCGAUGUCGGCCUGGCCGUGGGUGGUGAGAGCAUGACGCACAACAGCGGCGCAGAUUCGCCCUUCUCGCCCGAGAUCAUGGCGCACCAAGAAGCCGCCGACUGCACACAGCCCAUGAUCCAGACCUCAGAAAACGUCGGCAACGACUUCAACAUCUCUCGCCGACAACAGGACGAGUAUGCCGUCGAGUCGUUCCGGAGGGCCGAGGUCGCGCAGAAGGCCGGCUGGUUCGACGACGAGAUCGUCCCGAUCACCACGAAGAUCAAGGACCCCACCACGGGAGAGUUGAAGGAGGUGACCCUGACGAAAGACGAGGGUCCACGGUACGGGACCACCGUGGAAAGUUUGUCCAAGAUCAGACCGGCCAUGCCGCAGUUCGGUGACAAAACCACUGGUGGCAAUGCCUCUCAAGUCACUGAUGGAGCUGCCGCGGUUCUACUGAUGAAGCGGUCCAAAGCCAUCGAGCUCGGCCAGCCCAUCCUGGCCAAGUUCUGCGGCGCCACCGUCGCCGGUGUCCCUCCUCGCAUUAUGGGCAUUGGCCCGAGUGCCGCCAUCCCUAAACUACUUGCCAAGUUCCAACUGACCAAGGACGACAUCGAUAUCUUCGAGAUCAACGAGGCCUUCGCCUCGAUGGCCGUGUACUGCCUGAAUGUCUUGGGCCUGGACUAUUCGAAAAUGAACCCUCGUGGUGGUGCUAUCGCAUUGGGCCAUCCUCUGGGUGCUACUGGUGCCCGCCAGAUCUGCACGAUCCUCAGCGAGGCGCGACGGACGAAGAAGAAGAUUCUUGUCACGUCCAUGUGUAUCGGCACAGGACAAGGCAUGGCCGGGCUAUUCGUCAACGAGCAGCUGUAG